UAACUCUCAAUGUUGAAUGUUGAUGUGUUCAGUGUUCGUGUUUUCAUUGUUGACAUGGCAUAGAACUUGACUUAGUUUCCCAUAUUAACUAGAUCUAGUACUCUAUUGACUAUCAUAUAACAUUAAGUAAGUGGACGGGUGUGAACAAGAACAUCUUGAGGGUGAAAGAAGUGGAAAGUUUUUGUUUAGUCACUUGAACUUACCCAGAAAGAUGCUAUCGGACUUGAUAAUAUGCGGGACGUUGCUGGUCAACGCGGGUGCUGUUCUCAAUUUCAAAUUGAAAAGAUCAAAAGAAGAUGAAGCAUUUAUGCCUGCUGUAGAGUCUACCACAGGGGACAAAAUCCGUGACUUUCUACUCAGCUUGCGGCAUCUUCGAAUCUUCAUUGGCCUGUGGAACAUUUUCAUAAUCUUGCUCAUGAUUGUAUUCUUCAACCACUGAGGAACACCAUACCAUCCGUUGUUUCACACUGCAUCUGGGUAGCAUUGACUGGAAUGUCCUGUUUCCUUUCUUACUUAAUUAUUUUGGCAGUUUGUUGUGCAUAAGACUGACUGUGAUUAAACAUUUCAAACUUGGUCCAUCAAUUUUUGCUCGUUUGUACCGGUUUGUGCUGUGUCUCUAAAUUUUAUUUGCCCCUCUCAGAUCCCUGUGCUGUUUGUAGACAUUAGGGAAUCAUGAAAGAGCUUUUCAAGGUCUCUUAAUGCUUUAGUCUUUGAAGUAGAAGUUUCUGUCAGAACAGCUGACGAGGAUGCCGGUUGAUGGACCCUCGGGCAUGGUUUGCUUCUCCUGUUCGUUCUCAGUGUCACUUUUGUUCUGAUCUUUUCCUGACACAAUGAGGUGGAUAUACUAGGCAGCUGUAAAGUACAACUAUACAAUAAAGAAAUUAGGAAAAUGCAAAAAGGACCUUGUUGCUUAAGGGAAUUGUAGAAAAGACCAAAAAAACCCCAAAAAACAAGCAGAAAGAGAAAUAAAAAUAUAUAUGGGAAUUGUGUAACCUGCCAGAAAGUCGUUUGAAAUCAAGAAAUGUGUUGUGACUGUUAUGAAGAGUCUCACCUCUCCACCCUGUUUCGGAAGAAUUAACCUUGACUUGUGGGCAGCAGGAAGUAAGCAGGUCACAGUUUGUGAGGGAGGUAGAGAUAAUCCUAGCCUUGUUUUAAGGAAUUUCUCUUUAUUUAUGCAUUAGUUUCCUUUCAUCUACAGCUGAACUGACGUAUGAGUAUGACCAAUAAUUUACCCACUUCUCGGUUUUUAAAAUUUUGCAAACUGAAUCUUGUGAAGCAUCCCAAAAGAUUAGGAUUAGGAUGAAUUAUUUGCUCUAGUAGAUAGUGUGUUUAUAAAUAUAAAAAAAGACUUUCAAUAAAAUGUUUGGGUGGAAUGUAGGCUUCAUGAGAGGUUUCUUAUUUCUGAUGGCUUUCUACCCUCUAUAACUAUAAGUUAGCUGUGAUAUCCCACCAGAUUGGGGUUUGGCAAAAAAAAAUACAUGAAAAAUUGAUCUUGUCUUUACUUUAAUAUUUACACAGUGUCGUUUGGAGCUCAAAAGGAAAAGAAAAAAACAAAACGUCAAGGAUUAUUUCAGCACUUUGACUUAUUCUUGUUAUCUCAUGUUAUCUCUUGUCUUCUACUUGGUGAGCAUGAAAUUCUUGUUUGCCUCACUACUAGUACUAGGGAGUGAAUUAUUGAUGUUCAUUUAAAAGCAAUGUAAAUGCUUAUAUUAUUAUUAUUAAUUGCAGUGUAAUGGAUUGGUUAUGAGGGUUUUUUUUUAAAAGAGAGGAGUGUUUUCUAUUGUACAUAUAUAAUUAUAUUCGGUCAACUGUGACUAUCGUCCUCGCUUGCAGGAAUUCUUAUAUAUAUGUGUGUUGGCUGAGAACUAGAUUUGAAGUCGUCAAAUUAGGGACAACAUCUCAGGGCAACUAAGGGGAAAAUUGUUAAAGUGGGUUUUUUUUGUGGUUUUUUUGUUUUUGGUUUGUUUUUGUUUUUUCAAAAUUAUAAAUGUUGGAGUUUAAUGUCAUACAAAUUGCAAGCUCGACAUGCGUUUUGUGGGAAGAACACCUUGCUCUCUGUCAGAUCAUGAGGCUACCCUGGGUAAGUUGGUCAACUACCUAUGCUAGACCUAUAUUUCUAUCUGCUGGUAUUUGAAAAAUAUAUGACCAAAUAAAGGAGUCAUUUGCAUUCAUUGUAGUUGUAGUUCAGAUCACAACCAUGGUGUUUGUCCUUCCCACUGUUUUCAUUGUGUUGGUUUUAUGUAUUAGAACAUGAUUUCAUUUUUCUCUCAAACUAUUUUUCUUCCUGUUGCAUAAAGUAUUUGAAAGCUUAGAAUGAUUUUUUCUAUCAUUGCAAGGGGUUUUCAACUUUUUUUUCUGUCUUUUUUUUUCUCAAUGUUCAGGUUUACAUUGAUAUAUUGUUACAUUUCACAUUGAUGAUGGAUCAUAGUAAUGCCAAUAUUUAAUAUUAUUAUGAACUACAUAUUACCAAUUGUCACAGUGAGUUACACCGCAUUUUUUCUCUGAAUCAGGUUUUGGAGCAUCUUAUAAAAUUUGUUUGAAAGGUUGAACAAUCGGUCCGUUCUUGACUUGUUAUGUGUUGAGCUCAGGACAAGAUACACAAAUUUUAAUUCAAAAAGACUUUAGCACAAGCAUGAGAAAUAAACCUUGUCAUUCAUUGCAUUAGGUAUACAAUUCAGUUUUUUUAAGUGGGUGGUUGGCGGGUGCUCUGGUGUGGUUUGCUUCUUCUUUCCUGAAUGCUCACUCUGACUCUCAAUCUAUUGUGCAUUUUGCUUUGGACAGAACAUACAAAGUAUGUUUUUUGCUUAUGUGUGCGUCGUUCGUUCUUCUUGCUCUCAUUCUACAGAAAUGAUCCAUUAAUCAUGGUGCAUGUACUGUAUUAUCAAAAAUGCCAUUGACACUGUACAUAUCAUUGGGAAGAUUCUGAAGGAUUAAACUUUCUAUUUGAACAUA